AUGGAGGAGGGAGAAGAUGAAUUGAAGGAUGAAGAAGAAGAAGAAAUGGAAGAUCAAGAGGUGGAGAUGGAAGAGAAUGAAGAGGAAAUUGAAGCGGGAGAAAAUGAAGUGAAUGAUAAAGAGGAAGAAGUGAAUGAUGAGGAGGAAGAAGUGGAAGACGAUGAAAAAGAAGUAGAAUGUCACGAAGUUGAGAUUGAAGAACUAGAAGAAGAUGUUAUUCAAUUGGAUAGUGUUUCUUCUAUUCAACAACAAUCUUGUUCAAGAAUUCAGCAAUCUCUUUCAACAGCCAAAGAAGCUUCUUCAAUUCACCAAAAAUCAUCUUUAAACACUGCCAAGAACAUUUCUUCUCAACCUAUUGAAAAAGAAGCAAUUUCAAAAUCUCUUGGUCAACGUUCCUCAAAUAAGCUUUCUUCAUCUACAAUGCCUUAUAUUUUUUCUCCGAAAACUUUGCAAAAGUCACAACCAAUUUGUGAUGCUUCUCGAACACAAAAAUCUGUUGAAAUUUUAGAAGGAAUUGAAGGAACAUCCAAAUCUGGUGAAAAAUCAUUCUCAACAGCCAAAGAAAUUUCUACAAGAAGCAAAGUCCAAAGCCAUUCAAAAAUUUUGUCUACAAGGAAUUUGGAAGAAUUAGAAAAUACUCCACCACCAUCAACAAGUCAGCAACAACAUCAACCUCGACAACGAGCAGUAGAACAUUUAAAUAGAAAUGCUUCAAUUCGAAAUUCUCGACGAUUGUCAUUAUCUCCAUGGAGGCAGCCACAAGAAUUUACACAUGUUUUGCAACACUGUAACAACGGCUAUAUUAUGACCUGGGAUGAGUUCCUUGAUCGCACUAAUUUUGAAUGUAUUCGUAAACUCGGUGAAGGAGAUUAUGGAGAGGUCUACGAAAUGUCCGAUUCUAAAGGGACUUAUGCUAUGAAGGUCAUUCAAGUUACCGAGGAAAAUCCGAUACCAGCCGUCUUUUCUGAAGUUUUCAUCACACGGCAUUUAUCAGAACUCAACAAUGCCGGUGAUUUCUCAACUCCUUCAUAUAUACCUCUUGUCCGUGCUAAUGUAGUCAAAGGUAUCUAUCCGGAUAUUCUUAUAAAGGCGUGGAAAAAAUACAAAAAACAAAACCCGAAGAUUGCUUUAAAUAAACAACCAACUGAGCGCAAAGACAACACCUAUGUCGUCCUAGUUAUGGCAAAUGGUGGAGUCGAUCUAGAACUAUAUUUGCAUAUACCUAGAAAGGUUUAA